CUCUUUCUCUCUCUUUCGCCCUCUACAAUCACUCUUAACAAAACCAACCUCAUGGCUCCGAAAACGGCAGCGAAAUCCGGCACCGGAGCGCAGACGAACCCUCUUGAGAUCCGGUAUCGUGGCGUCAGGAAGAGGCCGUGGGGACGCUACGCCGCCGAGAUCAGGGAUCCGGGGAAGAAGACGAGGGUGUGGCUCGGUACGUUUGAUACGGCUGAGGAGGCGGCGCGUGCGUACGAUAAGGCGGCGAGGGAGUACCGUGGAGGUAAGGCCAAGACAAACUUUCCAACGCCGGCCGAGCUUCACGCUAACAACAACCGGAAUAGCAAUAACAACGGCAGACAGAAUAAUACCCAUCAUGCCCCGCCGGUUGCUCCUCCGGCGCGCAGCCCCAGCCAGACCAGCACUGUGGACUCCUCGUCCCCACCGCCGCCGGCCCCCCCGGCUCUGGACCUCACCCUCGCAGCUCCCCGUUUAGCGGUGGCCAACGCGGGAUACUACACCGCCGCGAGUGCCUACCACGCGCUUCCCAUGGGGCGUCCCAUCUAUUUCUUCGACGCGUUCGCGAGGGCCGACCAGAACGUGGUGACGAUGACGAACACGAACAGUCUCCAUCGCCCCACCGCCCGCGAGAUGGGAAAGUUUGACAAAAGCUUCGCGGCCGCCGCUUCUCCCUCCGGCGGGUCCCACUCAGGCGUUAGCGACUCCGACUCCUCCACCGUCGUGGAUUUCGCUCACUCCCCCGCCAAGAAAGGACCUUCGCUCGAUCUCGAUCUCAACCUCCCACCUCCACUGGAUAAUGCCUGAAUCCGGCGCCGGAAAAUCCGCCUCCACAUUUUUCCGUUCUUUCUUUGUUAAAAUUAGAAAAGAAAAAACAUGAACCCCUCUUAGACCGAGAAAAGGCAAAUCUCAAAGCUGACAUGUAAUCAUGAGUUUUGCAUUUUAGCCUGCGUUGUUUAUUAACUGCAGCCUUAUGUAUAUAUACUACGGAGAAAACAGAAGGUAGAAAACGCAGAAGAAUUUCAGCUACUUUUGUUCUUCGCCAACACACCGAGAGAUCGCCGAUCUGGGUUUUUUCUUCUCGAUGUUGUUAAGUUGGUGUUGUAUGUUCAAAAAAAUCUUCAAAUGAAAUCAAAAAAGGUUUCCGUUUGUG